AUGUCUCUAUUCGGAGAUGACGACGAGCCUGUUGGCGCAACAAUCCCGUCAAAGUCGCGAUUAUCCCUCUUCGACGACGAGCCAAGUUCAACCCCAGGAUCCAAAUCUUCAUUAUUCGCAGAUGACGACGAUGUCUCUGGAGGCUCGCCAUGGGGUACAUCAUUGCCAAAGAAACUAGACCGGGGAGCUUUACUAAAAACUCUUCUUCCCACAUCCGACGUGCCCGAGAGUUAUAUUGACAUGUUUGAUGAUAUGCUCAAGGAUGGCAAUGAAUCCAAUGGAAAACUUAGUAGGACCGGCGUGACAAAACUUCUAGGUGCUGCAGACUUGGGCCCUGAGAAGUCGAGCUGGAUCAUGAAAAUUAUUGCCCCUACUUCACAACCACAAGAUCUAGAACGGAACGAGGUCAAUGUACUAUUGGCUUUGAUCGGGUUGGCCCAGGAAGAAGAGGAUGUCCAUGACGUUACACUUGAUGGUGUAGAUGAGCGACGAAGGAAUCUCCCAGUGCCCAAGCUUGCAAGCUUGACAAACUUAGCAAUCGCAAACUUAGAAUCCUCUGCGACCGAUGAAUCAACUGCGAAGCCUGCUCAGCGACCUGCCACCCCACCAUCUGUACCAUCCAUACAUAACUCAUUGUCCCCCCCACAAUCUAGAAUGUUACGAAAAGAUUCCCUGGAAUUUCCCGAGGCUGAUCCAUGGGGAAGCCCGGCUCUUCACAAAGGCCAUAAUCAUGCUAGUCCCAGAUCGAAUGGACCCCCGACAAAUGGAGCACGCGUGAGAACUGUAAGUGGCUUCACAAAUACUUCUACAGGACCAUCAAAUGAAGAUCGACGUCAGCAGUCUAGGAGUGCUCCUAUGGAGCCUGCGAGUGGAGGAUGGGGCUCCUAUGAUGCGAAUCCAAAUUUUAACAACUCAGCAACACCACCAGUUGGCGGUAGUGGUGGAUUCGGUGGCGAUGGUGGGGAAGGGGAACGGCCAGAGGAAGCUGCUCCGCCAGCCCGCACAUUUGGCGGUGGCCGUGUGACUAGCAAUGGAGCAGAAGAGAAUAUAGUCGUCACUCUGUUAGCUGAGAAAGAGGGCAUGUUCUUAUUCCAACAUCAUAACUAUCAGGUUUCUUCUGUUCGCAGAGGAAGUAAGGUUGUGAGAAGAUAUAGUGAUUUCGUCUGGUUGCUAGAUUGCCUACAAAAGCGAUUCCCUUUCAGACAAUUGCCACUUUUGCCCCCAAAGAGAGUCGCAGUGAAUGGAAAUCAUCUGGCUGCAGAAAGCUCAUUUAUGGAGAAACGCAGAAGAGGAUUAGCACGGUUUUCCAAUGCACUUGUCCGACACCCUGUUCUUAGUCAAGAGCAAUUGGUCAUAAUGUUUCUGACUGUUCCAACACAUCAGGAGCUUGCUGUUUGGCGAAAGCAGGCUACUAUAUCUGUUCAGGAGGAAUUUGUUGGACGGCCACUACCCCCGGGACUAGAAGACUCUCUUCCCCCUACUCUGAAUGAUCUCUUCGCCCAAACUCGAACCGGUAUCCGACGAUCUGCAGAAGCCUAUGUUAACAUGUGCAAUCUUAUGGACCGCCUAGCAAAACGCAAUGAAGGACUUGCUGCAGAUCAUUUACGUAUGGCGCUCUGCUUACAGUCGCUCACUGAUGUCUCCCAAGACACCUACGCUAUCGAUACCAAUGAUGUGCCACUGUUGAACGAGGGUCUUCAUUCUACUGCCAAGCAUCUUUCCAACAGUCAAAACAUUCUCGAAGAUGAGGCUAAGGCCUGGGAUCAAGGCGUUCUAGAAGACUUAAAGAAGCAACGAGACUCUCUUGUCAGCAUGAGAGAUAUGUUCGAGCGUCGGGAUCGUUAUGACAAAGACAAUAUUCCAUAUUUAGAACGCAGGAUUGAAAACAACGAGAAUAAAUUAGUGACAAUACGAUCAAAGCCUGAAAACAUGGUUAAGCCAGGAGAAAUUGAAAAGGUCACAGAAGCAAUUAUCAAAGAUAAGGAGUCUAUUGUAGCUCAGCAUGCGCGAGGGAUAUUUAUCAAAGAGUGCAUAAGAGAUGAGCUCAUCUACUUCCAAUCAACACAAUAUAACAUCAGUCGACUAAGUCAAGACUGGGCACAAGAACGUGUGAAGUACUCGGAGCUUCAAGCCCAUAACUGGAGACAACUGGAAGAGGAGCUCGAGAGUAUGCCACUUGGGGAUUAG